AUGAUUUAUAUAAAAAGAAAUUCCGCACAAGGAGUGAAUGUUACAAGAAACAACAAAAGUCGAAUUAUCAUCUGUAAUCAGGAUAUUUCUGUGGAACCAGUUUCGAGAUCAGUGCAAAUGAACGAUCCUAACAACAAUUAUUUUUUAGAGACAUCAAUGAACGAUUCUACUCAAAAAAUCAAAGUUACUCUUUUAAAUGUAAAUUGUAUGGACAGUCACCCGUCUAAUUUAUGGAAGAGCAUCAAAUUUAAUUUCAUACAAAUGAAGUUCCAAGCUAUCGAUUACAAUCUUUUUAAGUUCGACGAAUUCAUCGUACAUUACGAAGUUUAUGCAAUUGACAAUCUUGACGUCAAUCAAAAUGGCGAAUGCGUAUAUUUGCAGAUUUAUAUUCCAGGAUAUAUUUGUAUUGACGUAGGAUUACGCACAGUUUCUUAUUCGAUAAGUAGCCAUGAUUAUGAUUACGAGGAUACUAAAAUAGAUACUCAUCAUGAUUAUGAUCAUGAUUACUCUAAAUCGCAUUUAUCAAGUACUUUAGCAAGUGGAGUAACACAAGAAAGCACAGCAGACUAUGAUUAUUUCAUAGAUGAUGAUUUAGAAAGUACUGAUGAAGAUGAGGACGAUUACGAGGAACCUGAAGAUAUUACUUAUCAUUGGUAUGAUUAUUAUGAAAAGGAUGUAACAACGUUCAGCACAGUAUCAACAACAAUCGAUGUGGAAGAAUUACAAACAGAUAUAAUAUUCACUCCAACGAGCGAAGAAAUUGAUGUUACUUCUUUUGUUACAUUAGCACCGAUUAUUGAAACUUCAACAUUAAUUAUGAUUUCUGUAAUCACAGAAACAUCAACAAUUGUAACAACAACAUCUACUACCGAAUCAACAACAAAAAUUACACAAACGUUGUCACCUGCAAUGACUACAGAAUUUACGAUCUUGACUAUUAUUUCAUCUAGUACAACUUCAGAAAGUACAACGGAAGCAACAAGUAUGACUACGGAGUAUACGAAUACUUCGAUAUCAACUACAGAAAUUACAACUACAGAAUUCUUACCUGUUGAAGAAAAGACUACGUGGAUGGAAAAUGUAACAGAACUAUUAUUACCAGAGGAAACAGGAUUAAUGACUACAGAUUACUUAAUGAAAACUUCUGUUACAAUGCAACCAACGAUGACUUCGAAAACCUCACAAAUUACUUUAAUUACUGAAAAUGUAACUGUUACAGAGUUAAUGAUGGAAACAACAAAGAUAGAAACAGGAAUAAGCGAGAUCAUUACGACGACCACUUUUACGUCGAUCGAAUUAAUUACAUCGUCUUAUACAACUGAAAAGACGAUUGGUUCAGUUUAUUUAGAAAGUACAACGUUGUCAAUAAAAAAAGAAGAAUGGCCUGAAACGUAUACAACGGAAACAGUUCAUACUACUUUUAUUUUUACCCCUGAAAUAAUUAUAAAUAUAACAAUAGAAGAAUCGUCAGCAGAAACAUUGCCAACUUCAACUACAUAUAGUUUAAUAGAAUCUUCUUUAGAAACAUCCACUGUUACAAUAGAAAGUGAAACUUACAUUUUCCCAACGACAUUAGUAACAUUUUCUACUUACUAUAUCGAUAGGACAUCUAUAUUAGAAACAACUGUUCCAUUACCUUUUACGAUGUCAACCGAGAUGAUUACAUUGACAGAAGAUAUUUUUGAACCCACGAGCGUAACAACGCAAUCAAGUUCAUUGAUUUUUACGAAAAGUACAUCGACACCUUCCGUAAUUAUAAAAAGCACAUACAGUUUUACAAUUUCUUCUUUUGAAACAUUUACUACUGAAACUUAUAUUUUCCCAACAACAUUGACAUUUACUGAUCAAAUAUUAGAGAGUACUAUCCCAUUACCUUCAACAAUUUUACCGGAAAUUAUUACACUAAUGGAAGAUAUUGUUGAACCGACUAGCACAACAACAUUUUUAACUUUAACAAAGUUUAGUAAAUUUCUAUUGUUAUCUGAGAUUGAUACAUCAUCAACAUCAAUUUACUCGAUAACAACAUACACCAAAUUGGAAGAAGAAACGAGCACAAUGGUUGAUAUAAUUUCACAAUUUUUAACUUCGACUUUUUCAACUUUUCAAGAAAUCACAUUACCGGAUUUUGAAAUUACAUCUACCAAGUUAGAUGAGGAAACACUUGCAUUCCUAACAACACCCUUAAUUGAUAUAUUUUUAUCUGAAACUUAUACGUCAACACCCAUACCAUUUGUACAUACGACAAUUCCUAUGUCAUUUGAAGCAACUACUACGGAAGACUUUGUUUUAUUCUUAGCACGUAGCACUACCAUUGAUAUGUUUACUACAAUUGAAUUUUCAAAAACCUUAAAAACAAUGUCAGCAGAGAAAAUGCAAAUGGAAACGGAUAGUUUGGAAUAUGAAGAAUUUUAUGAUGAGGAAUAUGGCGAAGAUUACAAACAAACGUACGAAGAAAACGAAUAUGAAGACGAGAACAAAUCUAUUACAAGCUGGUAUGAUUACGAAGAAGAGGAGGAAACAAAAAAGUUGUUUGAUUUAAAAACUACUCAAAAAUUUGAAACUACUGAGAUUAUAGAAGAAGAAAUUACAAAUGAAAUCAUUGAGAGGACAACUUUCCCUACAGUUUCAUCGACUGCAAAAUUCACCCCAACAGAAAUGUAUCCAACAUUGUCCCAAAUAAUAACGAUAACUAUAAUAGAAAAAUACAAAACUUCAACGACUAUUUCAACAAUCAAAGAUUUCGAAAAAACUUUGACAACUAAAUUAUUAACAUCUCCAAUUCCUACCAUCGAAGAGUAUACUUUAACUACAGAAAAAGUAAUGACUUACACCACAGAACAUUUAGAAUGGUGGACUGAUCAAAGUUUUCUUACAAAACAUGAUCACACGUUGAGUGAAUUUGAAAUUGAUCCUAAAACCAAAUUGGAUGUUACCCUUCCGAAAUUUAUUUAUUCGCCAGAUGAAACAAUAACUGGAAGUAGUGUGCAUUUGGAGAUAGAAGUGGCUACAGAUAAAUAUUUCAAAGAAGAAACUCAAUUGGGUUUUAGCGAAAACAAUAAAAUAAGAGGUGAGACAGGUAAAGAAGAAAUGUUAAGAGAUCUUAUAAGUGAGAUUAAAACAUUGGAGAAACGUAUGGAAGAUAUUACAAAGAUGGAGGAAGAACAAGAUAAAAGAGAGAAGGAAUGGGAAGAGAAAAAACGAAGCAAAGAUUUGAAGAGUAUUGUUGAUAUUACUUAUCCUGAUAUAUUUCCUAAAUCGAUUAUUGACGAAACCCAAACGAUCGAAACAUCAUCAAGCGAUAGUAUCAAUUAUACUUUAACUGAACUGCCAUAUUCUAGAAGCGAAUUUGACGAAAAAACGGAUAAAGAAAUGACUUCAUUGUUCGAAACGAGUGAAGAAAAAAGCACCGUUCAUUCGUUUGAGGAAGAUGAAGAUGAGGUUGAAGAUAUCACACGUAAAUUGGCUUCACCAUUGACGACAUUGACGAACAAUCUUUCAUUUGAAAGUACUUUUAAGCCUCCUAUUGAAUCAGAAAAAUUUACACCAGCACCACCGACCGAGAAAACAACCUCGAUGUUACAAAAUUUAAAUAGAGUGACUAUAAUUCCAAAAAAAUGUAACAAAAAGAAAAGGAAAAAAGUUAGAAAGGGAGAGGACUAUACAGGGAUGUGA